UAUUGCAUAUUCACUAGUCCAACAAUUUAAAUUGAACGGCCUUGACAUUGCUGAUCCGCCUUUGCAAUUUGAUGGUCUUGUGACUGACUAUUUGGUUCAUCUUGGGAACCAAGAUUUCGUUCAUGUUAAGACUGGCACUAACGAAGAAUGUGAUGAGGUUCAACAUCUUUGUAUCACCACGUUUCAAAUUGUUCAAGGAAUGAUCGAGACCUAGCAUUCAACUGUUCUUCGUGUGAAAAUCGAUGUCCGUAAUUGGUUCAUGCCUACGCUCGGCUUUACUCCAGAGCGUGAGGAUUAUGAACCCGAAGAAAGUAAGAGUGCAGCAAGCAUGAAGCAGCCAAAACAAGAAGAUGACACCACUUUGGAUGAGAAUUCUUUGAUGCAUGAGGAAGAAGCCAAACAUGAAGUAGCCUUAAUGCAUCAUGAAAAAGAAAAUCAGAAAAAACCCAAGGAUGCAAGCGGAAUAAUUAAAAACAAAAGAAAAAGAAAAAGCGGAUGGAAGGAGGGAUUGCAUGUAACCAAAAAAAAGAAGGUGGGAUUACAGGUAGUAGAAAACAACCUGUAACGUGAGUAGCAGAGUAGGGCAUUCGUACGUCUUUGAAUUAAUUAUCCAAUUUAUAUUAAGGAUUCAAUUUAUUUAAUCAAACUUUCUUUAUCAUGAGUGAUA